GUAACCUCUCGACGAAGCUUUAUGCGGUAGAACUCUUAAAUCAAUGGGAAGAAACCGCUUGAAAUAGUUGUGUUAAUUGACGGAAGUCGAUGACCGGAUUGCUAGGGCUCCAAAAUCCAGUUCAAAUUGCUGUGCAAUUUCCCUAAAAUCGUAUUUCUCUCUCGCUCGCUCGGGCUCGGUAGGGAUUAUAUAUAUGUGUGUGUGUAUGUAUAAUUGCAUUUCGCAGAAGGAAGAUGGGAGGGCGAAGCAAUUAUGUUCCACCUCGUUACAUUCCCUUGGGACAAUCGGAUCUGGAAGCAGAGGUUGGUGCUCGCAAUGAUGAAAUUCCGGUCCCUGCUCGUCCGGAGAUAAGCGGCGAUGCCCCUUCACAAUGGUCUUCUGGAAUCUGUGCUUGCUGCGAUGAUAUACAGAGCUGUUUUAUAGGCACUCUGUGUCCCUGCUUUCUAUUUGCCAAGAAUGCAGAAUUUUUGGGAUCUGGAACUUUGUUUGGAUCAUGCACGACCCAUUUCAUUUUUUGGGCUCUUGUGAACACAGUUUGCUGCUUGUUAACUGAUGGUGUUCUUUUGGGGUUGCCUGGAUGCUUUGUUGCAUGUUAUGCUUGCAGCUAUCGUAAGGCACUGAGAUCAAAGUAUAACCUGGAGGAAGCGCCGUGCGGAGACUUUGUGACUCAUUUUUUCUGCCAUCUGUGUGCGGUUUGUCAAGAACACAGGGAGAUCCGAGAACGGUCUGGCGGGUCGAGUCCCCCGGAUCUAAGCCUGGCGGAAGUCACGGCUCCUCCUGUCCAGACAAUGGAAUCAGCUUCGGCUGAGUAAUGCUAUGCGCUCUCAUCUCAUGUAUUUUACUCUCCACCUUGUGGCCAUUUUUAUACAUAAAUCUUCUGCUCAUUCUGCCUAUUGUAUUGCCAAAUUAACUCACAGACCCUUUGCUUAGUUCCGUUGUCAAAAGGAUAUUUUGUUCAUAAACCGCGUUUGAGUUUGACUUUCUUUA